CGGGCAGGCCCUGCCCUGAAGGAGCGAAGCGGGGCGAGCGAGAGGUGGAGCCCGCCCCGGCAGCGGACCCAGGCCCCAGCUCAUGCGGGGCGCCCCUGGCUUGGAAGAGUCCUCCGGGCAGAAAGCAGCUCCAGGCGGCGGCCCGGGAGGAAGAGGAAGGGACAGGGCUCAGCCUGGGCAAUCCGGACCUUUCCUGUCGCGUUUGCAGCCCGGGGCUGUCCCGAAGUCUGCUCUUGGCGCCGCUGCUGGGACUAGGGCAGCACCUGCCUGGACCCGGACUUGGACUCCCUGCUCCUCGUAGGCGGCAGCAUCUCCACGCCACCCAGCUCUUCCGCGGUCUCCCUCUGCUUGGGGGCAGUCACGGCCAAGUUACACUCGAAUACAUUCAUGGUGAGAGCCCAUUGACCUUCUUGGUUCCUUCCCGUGCUCUUCCGGCCUCAGGUUCGCCUGUCCCACCCGGAGGCUCGGGAUACCAGUUCCCCCCACCUACCUGUGCAGCCCGGCUCACGACCCUGCUUUCCGCGUCCUCCUCUCUGGAGUCCUCACUGCUGCCCUGGAUUCCUGGCGUCUCUCAUGUUCCUGUUGAAGUCCUGCGUUAGCCUAUUUAGCUCUGUGCUUAACUCCUCUGCCUUGAAGUCCUGCCAUUUAUUUUCGAACCUCUCAAAGUCAGCCAGGGUCACUGUCAUAUCUGUAUGCUGAGCCUGCUGUGCAGGGGACGCGCAGGACCCACACAAAAGUAUUAUGAGGGAGGCCGAGGACCUCAUGCUCCGGACAGAGACACGGCGCUGGGAUUAGGGAUUGCCACUUCUGAGAGGAUGCUGGGGAUCUGCAGAGGGAGACGGAAAUUCCUGGCUGCCUCUUUGACUCUGCUCUGUAUCCCGGCCGUCACCUGGAUUUACUUGUUUGCUGGGAGCUUCGAAGGUCCAUCUCCAGAACCUGCCCUUCAGGGGAAGCUCUGGAGCAGGGACCCAUAUCUUGGAAGCAGCCCCCUUGAUGGGAAGCCCGUGUCCCUGUCACCGCUGGAGUCCCAGGCUCACAGUCCCCGCUAUGCAGCCUCCAGCCAGCGUGAGCGCGAGAGCCUGGAGGUGCGCAUGCGCGAGGUCGAGGCCGAGAACCGCGCGCUGCGCAGACAGCUCAGCCUGGCCCAGGGCCGCGGCCCCGCGCACCAUCGAGGCAACCACUCCAGGACCUACUCCAUGGAGGAGGGCACCGGGGACAGCGAGAACCUGCGGGCUGGCAUCGUGGCAGGCAACAGCUCCGAGUGUGGGCAGCAGCCGGUGGUGGAGAAGUGUGAGACGAUCCACGUCGCCAUCGUCUGUGCCGGAUACAAUGCCAGCCGGGACGUCGUCACCUUGGUCAAGUCCGUCCUCUUUCACAGACGGAACCCUCUGCACUUCCACCUCAUUGCUGACUCCAUCGCCGAGCAGAUCCUGGCCACGCUCUUCCAGACCUGGAUGGUGCCCGCUGUGCGCGUGGACUUCUACAAUGCAGAUGAGCUCAAGUCUGAAGUUUCUUGGAUCCCCAACAAACAUUACUCUGGGAUUUAUGGCCUGAUGAAGCUCGUCCUGACCAAAACUCUUCCUGCCAACCUGGAGAGAGUCAUUGUCCUCGACACAGAUAUCACCUUUGCAACCGACAUCGCAGAGCUCUGGGCUGUGUUCCACAAGUUCAAAGGUCAGCAGGUCCUGGGCUUGGUAGAGAACCAGAGUGACUGGUACCUUGGAAACCUGUGGAAAAAUCACCGCCCGUGGCCAGCCCUUGGGAGGGGCUACAACACAGGGGUGAUUCUGCUGCUUCUGGACAAGCUGCGGAAGAUGAAAUGGGAGCAGAUGUGGAGACUGACGGCAGAGAGGGAGCUCAUGGGCAUGCUGUCUACAUCCUUGGCUGACCAGGAUAUUUUCAAUGCCGUCAUCAAGCAGAACCCCUUCCUGGUGUAUCAGCUGCCCUGCUUCUGGAAUGUGCAGCUGUCAGACCACACCCGCUCCGAGCAGUGCUACAGAGACGUGUCUGAUCUAAAGGUCAUCCACUGGAACUCCCCCAAGAAGCUGCGGGUGAAGAACAAGCACGUGGAGUUCUUCCGCAACCUCUACCUGACCUUCCUGGAGUACGACGGCAACCUGCUGCGGCGGGAGCUGUUCGGCUGCCCCAGCGAGGCCGACGUCAACAGCAAGAAUCUCCAGAAGCAGCUGUCGGAGCUCGAUGAGGACGACCUGUGCUAUGAGUUCCGGCGGGAGCGCUUCACCGUGCACCGCACCCACCUGUACUUCCUGCACUACGAGUACGAGCCAGCUGCAGACGGCACCGACGUCACCCUGGUUGCCCAGCUCUCCAUGGACAGGCUCCAGAUGCUGGAGGCCAUCUGCAAGCACUGGGAGGGACCCAUCAGUCUGGCCCUCUACCUGUCGGAUGCUGAGGCCCAGCAGUUCCUCCGCUACGCCCAGGGCUCCGAGGUGCUCAUGAGCCGCCACAACGUGGGCUACCACAUCGUGUACAAGGAGGGCCAGUUCUACCCUGUGAACCUCCUGCGCAACGUGGCCAUGAAGCACAUCAGCACCCCCUACACGUUCCUGUCGGACAUCGACUUCCUGCCCAUGUACGGGCUCUAUGAGUACCUCAGGAAGUCUGUCAUCCAGCUUGACCUCGCCAAUACCAAGAAAGCGAUGAUUGUCCCCGCAUUUGAGACACUGCGCUACCGGCUGUCUUUCCCCAAGUCGAAAGCAGAGUUGCUAUCAAUGCUGGACAUGGGGACCCUCUUCACAUUCAGGUACCACGUCUGGACAAAAGGCCACGCACCCACAAACUUCGCCAAGUGGCGGACCGCCACCACGCCUUACCGGGUUGAGUGGGAGGCUGACUUUGAGCCGUACGUGGUGGUGCGUCAGGACUGCCCCGAGUAUGACCGGAGGUUUGUGGGCUUCGGCUGGAACAAGGUGGCUCACAUCAUGGAACUGGAUGCGCAGGAAUAUGAGUUCAUCGUGCUGCCCAACGCCUACAUGAUCCACAUGCCCCACGCCCCCAGCUUCGACAUCACCAAGUUCCGUUCCAACAAGCAAUACCGCAUCUGUCUCAAAACCCUGAAGGAAGAGUUUCAGCAGGACAUGUCCCGCCGCUACGGCUUUGCCGCCCUGAAAUAUCUCACGGCCGAGAACAACAGCUAGCACCAAGAGGCCACCACUAGGGAGAGACAUGCCACAGGGGACGAGCGACUGGCUGUUUGGGGCCCAGCCUUCAAAGUCGAAAUUGAGCAUUUGGGGUUUCAUUUUUCUUUGUCCCUUUGGCCCUGCCGGGCUGCUCUCGCUGCAGAGAUCUUGACGGGGACACAGCCAGCUGCAGAGAGUUUGGCAUUCCCAGGGCGUAGAAUUCCCAGGCCUGGCCACACAAGUCUCCUCAAGAAGGGACCUAGAGGGGAGAGCGAGGAAGGGGUUAUCAUCUUACCACAAAGCCACAAACCAAGACAGGGCUUCCAGAUAUUCUUAUGGCUUUUUAAUAGUCAUGGGUCCCCUGGUAGCUGGAGGUGGGGAGUCACAGUGCUGGGGUUUGCUCAUCCCGGGAAGUAAGAGCACGCCAUCUCGUCCUCAGAGGAGACCUUCCUCACCCUGCAGCGUAGUUCGGCACCCAAGGGGAGGGCUAACCAAGGAUGGGAACUAGCCAUUGGGAAGAACCCCGUGGGGACAACGGAUCCGGAGGGACCUGGAGUUGGGCUGGUCGAUUCUUUAUCCUCAAAGUCCCUCUUGUUUUCUUUUGAUUUGCUUUAGUUUGGGGGAUUAAGUUUCUUUUUGGUCCGGGAAUCCAAACUAGAAAAUCUGGUCCUCUCAGGCCCUAAAAGGAAAGUCAGCUGCCUCAACCAGCGUCCCCUGUCAGCAGUGGCCCGAUGAGGAGGACAGGAAUCUCCAGCAACUAUCCAGACGUGGGCAGCUGGCGCUCCUCACCCAAGGCCCCCUCCAGGACCCAGGGCUGCGACGGGGACUGCAGAGACACAGCUCCUGGCGUGCGGUCACGUUUCCCAUGGGCAGCGGCCGGGUCACGAGGAAAGGGCUUUGAAGGAGACGUUUCCAUGCACACUGAAGGGACAACCCUCUCAGGCCUUCAGAAGAACUCGGGGCAUUCCCGGGUGCCCAAUGUGACCACUCGUGUGACCCUGGGGGAGGCCCCCGGGGAAAGGAUGGAGCUGGGGUCCUCUGUUCUUGCCCACUUCCCUGUGGAGGGGAAGAGGUGGCCACCUGAGUCUCCCCUGGGGACCUGUCCAGGGGGCAGGCACCUUCACCGCUCCACAGACGAGGAGACACUGGACUUUUUACCCGUUUUCUUUACUCUUCAGUAUUAAUGUUGUGUUUACACUGACGAGAACACACGAGUGGACGCCCUGCCCUGCGCCGGGCUGUUGGUAUGGCCUUGCCAUGUGACCAGGGAAAGCAGCACUCAAUAAAGGAAAGUACUGACUGUU